AGAUCUGUCUGAAAGCGGUGCAGCGGGGGCCGUGUCCCGGCUCUGACAGGAGGUUUGCCUUCAACCCAGAAAGCAGGCGAUGCCAGCCGUUCUCCUACAGCGGCUGUGGAGGAAACGAGAACAACUUCCGGAGCCGCAGGCUCUGCUACUACCAGUGCAUCAGAACCAGCAAGGGUCAUGAGAAGAUGAUCAAAAUAAAGAAGAAGAACGUAAAGAAGAUUUUAAACCGUUCGGUCCGAACACACAUGUAAUUAUGUCUGUUAUAUUUUCAGCUUUUCACGACUCUUAAACCUGAAAAAUGAUUCAUCAGGACAGAAACUUUUAUCAAGAAUCAGAAUUAAUUUCACAGAAAUGAAGCUGCUGCAACAAUUAGAUUCAACCAAUGAAAACAAGGAGAAAA